GGGCGAGAUAAGGGAAACGAUUUCCGAUGGUUUCAUCAUUAUUCCACGACCCGUUUAAACUAAAUUACAACUAUGUCGUGGGUGGUGGAUAGUUCUUUGACUUAUUGUCAGAAAUUCUGUAUAAAUGUGUUGAAAUGCGGCCCGAUACCGCGUCACGUAGCUUUUAUAAUGGAUGGAAACAGACGUUUUGCUACUAAAAAACAUGUAGAAAAGGCCGAAGGGCAUACCAAAGGUUUUGAUAAGUUGGCUGAGUGUCUACAGUGGUGCAUGGAGUUUGGAAUCAAGGAGGCUACAGUGUAUGCUUUCAGUAUAGAGAAUUUUAAGCGCAGCAAAGAAGAAGUUGAUACGUUGAUGAGGUUAGCAAGGGAGAAGUUCAAGGUUUUAUUUGAAGAAAAGGAGAAAUUAAUGGAGGAGGGUGUGUGCAUUAGAGUUAUAGGUAAUAUGGAUUUAUUACCCGACGAUAUAAAGGAAAACAUUGCCAAAACAAUGUUACUAACAAAAAACAACAAAACUGUUUUUCUAAAUGUUGCUUUUGCUUAUACAUCUCGCGACGAGAUCUCAAACAGCGUAAAAACAGUUGUGCAAGGUGUAAAAGACAACAAAAUAACUAUAAAUGAUAUAAACAAAGAGUUACUAAAAAAAUGUCUGUACACAAACUUGAGCCCCGACCCUGACAUUCUAAUAAGAACCUCAGGAGAAGUGAGGCUCAGCGAUUUUUUGCUUUGGCAGUCCACCAACACACAAAUUUAUUUUGCCGAUGUUUUAUGGCCUGAAUUCACUGUAUGGCAUCUCAUGGCUUGUAUUUUUAAGUAUCAAAGAAGUUAUUACAAUAUUGAGAAAUUUAAGGAGUAUAACAAUAAUGUUAGGUGUAAAAAUAGUUAUAUAAGUGAAUUUGUUGAAGGUGUUCAUAGGGAAAGAUUGGAACUUUUGGAAAACUAUGUAAAAUGAUAUAGUUUUUAUAAAUAUUUUAUAAGUGCAAUUGUGGGAUUAUUUAGAUUUAUUUAUUAAAUAAGAUUUUAUA